AUGAGCUCAGUCCCCAGCCACCAGUGGCUGGACCACGUCUUCAGCGCGGUGGAGAGUGAGUUGGAAAUGGGCCCCGAGACAGAGGAUGCCUCGGAGAGGGAGAUCAGGGUGGUACUGGAGGAGAAAGCGCUGUGGAUGAACUUUAAGGAGCUCACCAAUGAGAUGAUAGUCACCAAAACUGGCCGGAGAAUGUUCCCAGUGCUGAAGGUCGGCAUCUCGGGCUUGGACCCCAAUUCCAUGUACUCUAUCCUCCUGGACUUUGUGGCUGCAGAUGGGAACCGCUGGAAGUAUGUCAACGGGGAGUGGAUUCCUGGUGGCAAGCCUGAGCCUCAGAGCCUGAGCUGUGUCUACAUCCAUCCCAAAUCCCCCAAUUUUGGGGCUCACUGGAUGAAAGCCACCGUCACCUUCAGCAAAGUCAAGCUCUCCAACAAGAUGAAUGGAGGGGGGCAGAUCAUGCUGAACUCCCUCCACAAGUACGAGCCCCGUGUCCACAUCGUGAAGGUUGGGGGUCCUCAGAAAGCGAUCAGCAGCUUUGCUUUCCCGGAGACCCAGUUUAUUGCCGUCACUGCCUAUCAGAACGAGGAGAUCACUGCCUUGAAAAUUAAACACAAUCCCUUUGCAAAAGCCUUCCUGGAUGCCAAGGAGAGGUGCGACUCCAAAGACGUUCUCGACUCCAGCAAUGAAGCUCAUCAGGCUGGCUAUUCACAGUUUGGGGGUUGGUUUCUGCCAGGCACCAGCUCUUGCUGUUCCUCUCCUGCCCAGUCUUCGUUCUCAGGCAGUCCUGGCCUCUCGUCUGGCCACAGCUCAUACUGCAAGACACACUCCAGCCUGCGGAACCCAAGGGCCUCACCUUAUCCGAGCCCAUACAGCCAGAUCAACGCCUCACCAACUAAUUAUGUAGAUAACUCCACUGGCCUCUCCCUGGUGUCUGCCCCUGACAGCUGGCCUGGCCUGUCUCUCUCCAGUUCUACGGGGGUUCUACCCAGCACUGCCUCUCCCACAAGUCAAUAUUCCAGCCUGUGGUCCCCCACCAGCAACUCUAUCAGUCCCGCUACUCAGUCCAGCUCCAACCCCCAGUUCCUGAGAGGCUCUUCGGUCUCUUACAGCAGCUUGGCCUCUGCUAUCCCAGCCCCCUCCACAUCCUCAGUCUAUGACAAUGCCUUGGCAGAGAUGCCCUCGAGUGACUGUCAGUAUGACUCUGCUAUUUCCUGUCUGGCAUCCACUUGGGCAACAGUCACUCAGACUUACUGAUGCUGAGAAGUUGCCCUCGUCCAUCUUCAAAAAUUACUGGAAAGAAGCCGGCAGAGGGCAAGGAAAGGGGCAGCUGAACAAUGGUGUGAACCUCUCUGCUCUCACAGCGUGUAGCUGAUUGCAUAGUCCUACAAGAUAAGAACAUGUCUCAGAACCUCCAUCAUUGUUUAAAGGCUGUGGCAGAAUAUGGAAGACGGACUCUUCUAGAGCAAGCAGAGGAUGAUACAGGUGGUAAUCUGUGCUCCGCAGCACCGGGGCAUAUCUCCAAGGAGAGAAUUAGCUUUACCCCCAUAGUUUGGAAAGCGAAGAAGAAAGAUGCAACCUGUCUGACUCUCAGGAUGGUGGAGCAAACGAGCGCUGUCUUGUCGAGCGCAUGUCCCAGCAUAGCAUGCUGGCUGGCUGGACCUUGUUAUCACUUGCACACAGGAGACCCAAACAAAGGCAGUAAGAUCUGCAAACGUGUGUGCCAAGAUCUUGAAAAGUGGUGUAUUAUUUAUUGAGCUUCGUUGUAAAUAAACCUUUCUGACAACUAA